AUGGUAAGUAAUGUGAGUGACAAUAUUGAUGAUGUUAUUACUAAUUUUGUUUGUGCUGAUGAGGGUUCUAUCCUUAAGAAAAAUGAAGUUCAUGAUAAGCAUGCUCCUGUAAAUGAAGGUGUAAUUAAAGAUGUUGGCUUUAGUAAAAGAUAUGGUUAUCCUAAGUUGAUAAAGGAAUUUGUAGUUAAGAAUAAUGGUAUUUCUCACGGGUUUCUGAAUUUUAGUUACAAGUUAUUUAUUGGGAAAGAUGUCCUAGACAUUUGUCCUCCCAAUGUUCCCGUUAUUGAUGAAUCUGGUUUUGGUAAUAUGCUAACUCUACAAUCAGAAGCAAUCUACUACCGCAUCACUAGUUUUCUGUACCAAGUAGGAACUCAUGCUACCUUGUAA